UGGAAAUUGAAUAACUCAAACGAAGAAUUAUGAAAGUAGCAAAGCCUGACCCUGACAAUAAAGUGUUGGUCAGAAUUGCUCUACGAAAUUUCUAUCAAAUGAUAGUUAAGAUACUUUAGAGCGACCCGUUAUUCAGAUUAACAUCUUUGUCUGCCAAUCCUGACUUUCCUGUCAUGAAUCACCUAAGUAAAACAAAUGGUCAGGACAAAGUUCAGUCUAUUUCAAUCAGAAAUUUACCGGUGGAUGUAGAUGACAAAAUGCUGAAGAGUAUUAUACCUUCGGCUAAAAAAAUCAGUUCACACAAGCAAACAUUUUUUAUCACAUUUUCUACUGUGAAGGGCUAUACAGAUGCAUUACGUCGUUUAAAAAGAGUCGACUUCAAUGGAGUUAAGCCAACUGUAAAAUCUAUUUGUCGACCAUCACAAUCCAAAAAUGUAAUUCAGCCAGAAAAUGUUGAAUUAACUGUUCAAAACCUGCCUCAGUCGACUACACUAACUCAGCUUAAAGUAGAAUUUCCUACAGCAGUAUCUAUAAAAUUAAAAACUGAUAUAUGGGAUGUACAGAAAAAGUCAUGUUUGCUAAAAUUUCAAUGUUCAGAAGAUCUCGAAGAUGUAUUUGAAGAUUGUCAUCAUAAAUUAAUUGGAGGUCAGACUAUUAAAGCUAUAAUUGGUGUUCAAUCAACUCUUCAUUAUGAAUCCUGUGGUGCUGAUGAUACACAAGAUAUUCAUGGGUUUGAACUUGUUAGAGUACCAUCAAACAUUGACGAUGAUAAAAUUCGUAAACAAUUUCCUGAAAAUACUAUAGUUGAUUAUCAUUCAAUACCUAAUAAUGAUUUAGUCACUAGAAAUGUGUUUAUUCGUUUCGUAAAACAAGGAUUCAUUUGGCCACUUAUUAUGAUGUUAAAAAACAAUGUAUUUAGUGGAUUUCCUUUUGAAUGUCGACCAUGGAAUGUUGUGUGUACCAAAUGGGUCCGACGGAAAAUUGUGUCAGGUUUCAUGCUGUUUAUCAUUGAAACAAUUCGUUUUAACGAUAAUUGCAACUAUGCGGAUAAGUAACUCAUGUUUUUAUGGUCUGGAGAAGUCGGUAUCAAUAAAUUUUGCUUUUCAUAUGGUCAGUAUAAUCACUGAUUGUAACAAAAAAUGUAACGAGAAUAGAUGAAAAAGAAGUAAAAUUAUUUUCAGUGAUCAACUCGAUAUAAAUCAAUACAGUAUUCUACUUUUCAAGUAAAUCAUUAGGACCAGUCUGAGUAGGAGUGACAGGUUAAAUGAUAAGUUUGUUGGUCCAUGUCAAGUGAAGUGAUAGGAUCGUGCACCACAUGCGUGAAGCCAAUUUACUGGAUACUAUGGGGUGGUCACAGUAAAAGUUGGAAUCAAAGAUUUCGUACUAAAUUACACCAUUAGUUCACAAAAU